UCCCCCCAGCUCUGAGGGGUGGGGCUCUGUCUUCAGGUUGGGGCUACCCCCCUCCUCCUCCUCCCUUCCCCCAGGAUUUCCUCGAUUUUAAUUUAUUCCACAAGGCCCAGUGCUUUCCGAGCAGUGUGGCUUAAGCAGGUACAGUGAUGACCCCCCUUCUCCAGGGGGCCCGAGCAGUAGUGCUGGAGUGAGGAGCAUCAUUCCUUCAGCCAGUCAUUUGAAAUACAUUUAUUGAGGAUGUGUAUGGACCAGGCACCAUUCUAAGCCCAGGGAGGGGUACAUCCCUUCCCUCAUGGAGCUGAUGUUCUGGCAGAGGAGACACACAAUGAAAGAGGAAAUAAAUACCGAUGCCUCGGAUAGGCUGUGUGCUAAUGGAAAGGGAACCAUGAGGUGGGAGGUUGGCAUUAGAUAGGGUGGCCAGGGCAGGCCUCUUUGAGGAGAUGACAUAUGUUGGUCUUAAAGUUCCCAUGUGGAGGGGUUUCACUUGUUGGAUGGGGUUGGACAGGAAACUUUUAAAUGGCCCUGUCAGCUGUGAGGAAGGGAGGGGUCUGGCUCAAUUUUCUAACUACUGGAGGGGUGACCACCAUUUCUGAAGGUGGAGACUUUGUCAGCCUUCUCUGGGUUCCUGCCAGGGUCUUUUGAGUUGAGAGUCCUAAAGUCACUGGUCUGUCGCCUCUGGGCCAGAGGCAGCCUCUCCCAGGGAGGGGGCUAGUGGGGCUUAAAGCCACAGGGAACCCCCAUCAAAGAAUUUUCUGGGAUAUGGAGAGUCUUCUGAUCUAAAAAGGAAAGAGAGUUAUGGUCUUAGCGUGGGGACUCUAGACACCAGAUCCUUGGUGAUCUCGCCCCUGUGUGGUCUCAGUUUCCCCACGUGCGAUAUGUGCUCCCAGCUCCUGCCACAGGAGCCCCAGAGGUGUUUGGGGCCAGAUGCACUCCUGUGCUCUAGUAGGGAGGGUGGUCUGGGGUGGUCAUGCAGCAGCCAAAGUGUAGGGGUCUCUGAGCUGGUGGGGAUCUGGUGGGGGUCUUUGGACUGUGUGUGUGUUGGGGGACAUUUGUCUGCAGAGGGGUUGGGCCCUACUGUCCUGAAGGUGGUUGUCAGGGCGGCCGUGUAUCUCACUGUGUCUGUUCUCUCUCUCUUCCAGGGUAAAGUCGAAUAUCUGGUGAAGUGGAAAGGAUGGCCCCCAAAGUACAGCACGUGGGAGCCAGAAGAGCACAUCCUGGACCCCCGCCUGGUCAUGGCCUACGAGGAGAAGGAGGAGAGAGACCGAGCGUCGGGGUAUAGGAAGAGAGGUCCGAAACCCAAGCGGCUUCUGCUGCAGCGGCUGUACAGCAUGGACCUGCGGAGCUCCCACAAGGCCAAGGGCAAGGAGAAGCUCUGCUUCUCCCUGGCGCGCCCACUCGGCAGCGGGAGCCCCGAGGGGGUGGUCAAGGCGGGGGCGCCUGAGCUGGCGGACAAGGGCCCCUUGGUGCCCACCCUGCCCUUCCCGCUCCGCAAGCCGCGCAAGGCCCACAAGUACCUGCGGCUCUCACGCAAGAAGUUCCCGCCCCGCGGGCCCAACCUGGAGAGCCACAGCCAUCGACGGGAGCUCUUCCUGCAGGAGUCGCCGGCCCCGGACGUCCUGCAGGCGACCGGCGAGUGGGAGCCUGCUGAGCAGCCCCCCGAAGAGGAGGAUGCAGACCUGGCUGAGGGGCCCCCUCCCUGGACACCCACGCUCCCCCCAAGUGAAGUGACAGUGACCGAUAUCACCGCCAACUCCAUCACCGUCACCUUCCGCGAGGCCCAGGCAGCUGAGGGCUUCUUCCGAGACCGCAGCGGGAAGUUCUGAGUCACCAUUUUUACUCUUCUUAAACUGUUUUCUUUAGGGCUUGGGGUGGGGACUUCCAGAGAUGGGGAGGGGUUGGGGUGGGGUAAUUAUUUUAUUUAAAAAAAUAUGGAACAGGAGAUAUGGUGGGGAGACCCAACACCCUCCCACCCCUCUGCCCCCUUCUCUACGCGUGAUGUUUACAGAGAAGCUUCGGGGUCUGUUUCGGGGGCCAGGGCAGCCUGGCACUGCUCUGUCAGUUGGGGUGCCAUCUCCAGGGCGGGAUGGGGACAGAGCCACUCUCCCCUGGACACUUCCGUCACCAUUCUUCUCUAGAGACAUGGCAGCUGGUCCUAGGAACUAAAGGAGGGUGGGAGGGCCCCAAACCUCCCCCAUGAGCAGCCCACCCCAGCCUUUCUGGUUGGUUUCCCUUUUCCUUUUUUGGGGGGGAGGGGUCUUUAUUUCUAACUUUCCGCUCCAGCUUUGCAGUGAGAUGUGGAGGCUGGCUUUGGCCAAAAGUCAGAGAGGAGGGCAGGAGGAAGGGUUUGAGAUUGCUGGAGUGUGUCUGUGCCCUUCAGAGAGGCCUCUCGCUUCCCCAGCUGCCAGCGGAGCCCCUUCCGCUGAGAGUUCCGCCCCCACCACCUGGCCUGUGAGAAAGGCUGCGUGCACACCCAGGCGCACAGCUCUGCGUGCACUGCCCCUCGCGCCCCUGUGACUGCGUGUCUGUGUCUGCAGAUGGGUGCGCUGGGUCUGGCAAACCUCCUGUUUAGAAACCCUGACCAGGUGAAUGUGAGGGGAUUCACAGCACAAAGGAACUUGCCACGGGCACCCUCCACUCACACCACCUUGCUCGGCACAUCAUGUGACAGCUCUGUCCCAACUCAGUUUGCUCCCAGCUGUCAGCGGAGGGCAGGGUCCAGCCGUGGACGCUCCAGGCGUGCAGAUGCAGUUUGGGCGCCUCGCCUGGCCAGCCGCAGCGUGCAGGGGGGCCCUGUCCUUCCUCCCCGAGGGGCUCUUGUCCUCUCUGACUCAGGUGGCUUUUCGGCCCUUCCCACUCCCCUCUUUUUCUGCCCUCCCUUCCAACUCAGCCAACCCAGACGUGGGUGUGGGUGGUGGGGGAAGGGAGUGUCCCACCACCUUCUCAGGGCUCCCUCGACUCCUGACACCCUUCCCCCUUCCCUUCUGUGUCCCCUCGCCAUCUACCCUAAAUGCCACAGCUAGAGCUGACCUGUGCUUCUGCGCGGGCGGUGUGGGGACGGGCCUCGGCCGUGUCUUCCCGUGGUCGGGCUGCAGUGGACGGUGGGUCAGGUUGUGUCUGCCGGCAGGAAGCUUUCUAGUUUGUACACGUGUGCCCCGUGGGCUAGUAGCUUCCUUGGCAUUGAGGAGUGACUUCUCCCCUAUCCCAGCCCUGUGGGGUGAAAAAGCCAGAGUGGGGGGGGCCGCCAGGGGAGCCAGUAAAAGGCUGGCUCCUUGCCCCCCCAUUGUCAGGGUGGGGCACUCCUGUUACCCCGCGCCCCCCCAUCCCCCAGCUGUCUCCCCCUCUCUGCUUUCCCUGAGGAAGUCAGCAGAAUCCCUGCUGAGGCAAGGAUAGGGCUCUUCUUCCCCCAGACCCCUUCCCAAGUUCCCAAACCAAAGACAGCCUGCACCCCCUUUUUGUUUGGGGUGCACUGCCGGCAAGAUACCCAAAUCCCUGAGUCUCUCUCUCCUUCCUCUUUAGUCAUUUGUUGUCCACGGUCAAUUCAGUGCUUCCACUGGGGGAUGGUCCCGUCGGGGUGACUUGACACAUCCGCAGCCUGAAUAGUUGAAUCUAGAGGAGUCUGUGGGGUGGGUCAGGGAAAGGGGGGCAGCAGGGAAUCCUACCUGCCAAGAUGUGGGACCUUGGGGGGCGAAGUGCAGCUUGGAGUUGGGGGCUUUCCCAGCAGAGGUGAGGGGGGUGGAGGGGGGUAGAGGGGCCUUCUCUAGUUGAAUGCGGUUGGCUGUGGCUUUGGGACGUGGCUGGCAGCUCCCAGUAGAAGUCAUCCUCCCAUCCCCCGGGAACGUGGGCCCUCUUCCUGCCUCGUGGGCACUUUCGAAGAGCCGUUUGUGCACUUUGUGGUUUGGGGCCCUUUUGUGGGAUGAGCAGCUGUUUGUUGGUCAGCCGCCUCAGAACACUUGUUGCCUCUUACUCAGCCCUUCGUGGCCCACAGGGCACCUGUGUCUCGGGGGCUGAACCCCGCAGCAGGCCGGCUUCCGGGGGCAGGGCUGUGGGCUAGAGACCUCUCUAAGGGGUUGGGUGUGGUGUGCAGGCCUCCUCCCAGCCCUGAGCGUCCCAGAGGAGUGAGAGGGGGCAAGGCCGACACUGACCUUCUGCCUCACCCCACCGCCACCCCAGAAGGCCAGUACUCCAGAGGGUGGGGGUGCUCAGAAAGAGUUGGACCACCUGUCUUUCCUUCCCCAGCCCCACCUGUUUUGAAUGUAGAGAGACCAGUUGGUACUUUUCUUUGGCUGUGGGCUGGGGCGAGGACGGUGUUCCUCCCCUGGCACGGCCACUUGUAGUGCCGUGAGCCGUGGGCGCCCUGAUGAGCAUCACUCCUAGGACGGUGAUGGGCGAUCGCAUUGCCAACUUUCUCCUCCUCUCCUGCCCAGGGGGGCGCUCUGCUGCUGGGAGGUGUUUCUCUUUUGCUCUGUAAGUGGUAGCCUGGCCUCCGAGUCCCAGCACAGGAACGCCUCCUUUGCACAGAAUGGGCAUCGAGCUUUGUUCAGACGAAAUGAAUGUAUUUGGGAAGGUGGGGCCGAGUCGAUUCCAAGCACAUGCCUUUUCUGAGUGAGUGUGUGCUGGGGAGAGCUAGAGUGGAUGCAGAGCACGGUUUUAUUUUUGUACUGAUAUUGGUAAGAGACUAUAGCAUCUAUUUAUUUAGAUGAUUUAUCUGGUAAAUGAGGCAAAAAAUUAUUAAAAAUACAUUAAAAAUGAUUUUAAAAAAAACCUCUUGCAUUCGAGCCUUCCUUUUGAUGGUGUCACAGCUGUGUGGGGAAAGAGCUCCAGCCCCGGGUGGCGGGCUGGGAUUUAGGGCCGAGCUCUGCCCGUCUCUGACCAUGACCUUGGACAGGUCGUUCCGUUUUCUGAGCCCUCCAGACGUACCGUGAAGAUUGAUUCAGGUGAUGAGUGGAACUGGCAAUUGGAGGGUAGACGGACAGGUGCCCACUGUGGGGGUCCCCGCAGGGUAUCGUCAGAGGCCGAGCAGAGCUUCUGGUCUCAUCUCCGCUUCCUGCCAAGAGAUUUGUGUUCUAGAACGUAGGGUGGUCAGCGUCCCAGGUCUCUGCAGUUGCAGGUACUGGAACCCGAGACGGUCAUGGCCUAACUCUCAUCUACCAUUCUGUGCCACCAACCCAGAGGGUGGUGGUCAGAGCAGAAAAGAGUGAGCGACGGGAGAGUCC